GCAGUGACGCGUCUGAAGGGGGAGGGGAACCCGGGUCCACUCACGCUCCCGAAGGCGGCACUGGGGCCGCAGCUUCUGUCCCGGUCAAAAAUUGGGAGGAAAAGGAAAAAAACAAGAACAAAACAAGGAAAAAAAAACCCUAACGUAUAGGCUAUAGAUAGAUAUAGGUGAUAUCAAUCUAUAUCGGGCUUCUCCUCCUCUCCGGAAACAGACGGGCCGGCAGGAAAUGACGACGGUAGAGGUCGGCCGGGGCCGCCAAGUCUAGGCAGUUCCUGUGCGCCAAGUCCCAAGCUAGGGGUAAAAAAGCCAGGAGCGGGACGAGGCGCUGGCCCCGGGGCCGCCUCCCGAUCUAUUAUGGCUGGAGGUUAUGGAGUGAUGGGAGAUGAUGGUUCUAUUGAUUAUACUGUUCAUGAAGCCUGGAAUGAAGCCACUAAUGUGUACCUGAUAGUGAUUCUUGUUAGCUUUGGCCUUUUCAUGUAUGCCAGAAGGAAUAAAAGGAAAAUCAUGAGAAUAUUCAGUGUACCUCCCAUGUCAGAAAAUUUGACGGAGCCCAACUUCUAUGACACGAUGAGUAAAAUCCGUUUAAGGCAACAAUUAGAAAUGUAUUCUAUUUCAAGGAAAUAUGACUAUCAGCAAACUCAAAACCAGACUGACAGUGUACAACUCUCCCUGGAAUGAAUAAACAUUUAGAGCACAAGUUAUAUUUUGCUGACUAUGUGGAAGCAAAAUCAGUUUAGAAUUCUUUUUGCAAAAGCUUAAAGAGCAUAAAUUUCUUUGAAUUUAUGUAUAAAAAACAUGUCACUUUUACAUGAUUUUUGCCUGUAUAGAUUAUUUCCUUAUUGUGUAAGUGGAAACAGUACAGUGACUUUGAAUAUAGGGCAACUUAGCUUAAGAAAUACAUUCGAGUAGAUACAACUUUAGUUAAAAAGAGAAUAAUUGUAGCAUGUAAUUUAUUUUAGAGUCUUAAGGAAAAAGUUGUUAGUCAAGGAUGAAAAUGUAUCUUCAGAUGCCUGGCAGUUAACUACAACUAAUGUGAAAGAGACCUCACAUGGUGGUAGUAGAAAGAGAACUGGAGUUGGAAGCUUCACACUCAACACCACAUCCCACUUCUACAGCUUAGUGCCUGUGUGUCCCUGGGUAAAAGAAUUUACUUCUACUUUCUAUAAGUGAGACGAUUGGACCAGAUGAACCACAAGGGCCUUUCCAAGUCUAAAUCCUGUCACCUAAGCCUCAUUUCAAACAUUUUUUUAUAGCUUUAAAAAUAGAAGAGAAUUGCUGAAAAAGCUAAUUGGAUUCUGUUCUAGUGGCAUAUAUCAAAUUAUUAGUUGAUCAUUUCACACCCACUUUUCUAGGACUUCUCUGUUAGUUUGACCCACUGGCCUCUGCAAAUGCCUGCCUUUUCCUAAUUUUAUCUUUUCCUAAUUUUAGAAGCCUUUUGUAGUCCCUUUUUUCCUUGAUUGUAUUGCUAUGGUUCAUCCCUCCCCUCAUUGUUUUUUUUAAAACUCCUACCCUCUAGUUAGGAGGAAGGGGGAUAGCCAGAGGGAGAGUGGGUGGGUACCCUGAUGAAUCACCAGGGUGAGCUGUGCCUGCCUGGGCCUCUGUGUUUGGGUGCUGGCCUUGUUACAACCAUUGUGUAUUGUUUAUGCUUUUUGGCUAACAGCUUCUUGGAAAAAUCUUGUAUGUCAUAUGCUUCAUUGUAUUAUGGUGUUCAGAAGAGUAUUUAUGGAACCUAUAUAUAUUAUUUUUCAUGUUUUAUUUAAUAUCAGUGCAAUUAUUUAAAUAGAAGACAAUUGAUUAGAAAGUGGUAAAAUUGUAGAAACUUAACCAUUCAUUUAUUUAGCCAAGAUUCAAUACUUGAAUCAUAGCUCUUAAUUUUCAAAGACACAGCAAAUGGUGUUAUUUAUCCACGCCUCUAAAAAUAUGGAAAUUGAUUCAUAAUAUAAUUUUGAAGUUUAAAAACAGAUAAAAUCAA